UCCAACAAAGCUUUGGCAAAGGCAGAGUCCCAUCCCAUGGCAGAAAAUCAAACAUUGAAGAUAUUGGAAGUAUGCAGAGUGGUUCCUCCGCCGGACUCGUAUUCUUCUUCUCCGGCGACGCUCUCUCCGACGUUCUUCGACCUUUUAUGGUUGAGAUUUCCUCCGGUUCAACGUCUUUACUUUUACCAAAUCUCACACAAAUCUAUCUUCUUCCAAACCAUCGUUCCAAAGCUCAAAUCUUCCCUUUCUCUUAUUCUCCAACACUAUGCCCCUCUCGCCGGAAACUUUAUUUGGCCUCAACAUUCUUACAAACCCACCAUCCAAGCUGCCCCUGGCAACGGAGUUUUGUUCACCGUCGCCGAAUCAGAUGCCGAUUUUUAUCAUCUCUCCAGCAACAACUUACGCGAAACCAUAGAGUAUGAUCCGCUCUUACCUGAGUUUCCAUCCUCCGAUGAUCAAACUGUAGUAAUGACUUUGCAGGUGACUGUGUUUCAGACAGGAGGGUUUUGCAUAGGAAUCUCCACUCACCAUGCUCUUCUCGACGGAAGAACUUCAACAGAAUUCAUGAAGUCAUGGGCUCGUAUGUGCAAACUUGACAGAACGUCCCCGUCGUCGUCGUCUCCAACAGCCGAGCUUACACCGUUCUAUGAUAGGACCAUGAUCAAGGAUUCCAAAGGUCUUGAGGUCAUAUACUUGAACGCAUGGUUAAAUCUCAAAGGCCCGAACAACAGAAGCUUAAUGAUUUGGGAUGCAAAAGCCCCACCAGAGUCAGUCCGAGCCACGUUCCAAUUAACUCCCAAAAACCUCCAAAAUCUUAAACGACUCUCAGCAAUCACCAAUUUCUCCACCUUCACGCUGACCACUGCAUUAACCUGGAUUUGUUUGGCCAAGGCUGAAGAUUCUUCAAAUUCCAAAAUCUCUCUUGUGCUGAACGUGGAUGCCAGGGCUCGCCUGGAGCCGCCGAUGCCGGCUGGAUAUUUCGGGAAUUGCAUCGUUGGCCGCAUUGUUGUUGCAGAUAGAGAAAGUCUGGUCGGGGAAGAUGGAGUCAGAAUUGCAGCAGAAGCCAUCAACGGAGCAACAAAGAACCUGCAUUCCGCUGACACACUUUUGGACGGCGCCGAGCAAUGUAUUUCGUGGCUAGAUACUAUAAAUACCGCGGGGGAUAAGAUGGUGGGAGUUGCUGGAUCGCCGAGGUUUGAGGUCUACAGUGUUGAUUUUGGUUGGGGAAAGCCAAGGAAGGUGGAAAUGGCUUCCAUUGACAAGACUGGAGCCAUUUGUCUCUCAGACUCUCCUAACGGAGGAGUGGAGAUUUGUUUGGUGCGGCAAAGAGAUAUAAUGGAAAGAUUCGCCACCCAUUUCACCCAAGAUCUUCAACGUCUCUCAAUACAGAUCCCUCAUGUAAUAGAUGUUUGCGAUUAUGGAGCGAAAUCGAUGUCAGAAUGAAUUACGAUGAAGUAUAAUAGAGAAGGAACGAAAAUAAGGGUGUUUGGGUGCUGUAGGACCAUUAGGCCAAGAGCACGAUGUCACGGCGCUAUAGCGAAACAGCAAGGAAAAAAAAGAGGCGCACGCUGCUUUCUUAUGACGAGGUGGUGUUUCCAGUGUCUAGAGGCUGUAGCAAAGGUGUUUAAUAAAUACACCUUUCAGUUAGGUUUCUUUAUUUGUGGGUGCACAUCAAAGUGGCUGCCAUGAGCUAUGUUGGUGCACUGGUUUCAGGGCGUGGCAUCAGUCUUUUGGCAGAGAUACAGAUGUUCGGGUUGUAGUGCAUCGUCGGCAACCAAUUAUGGUAGGUAUUUAGUGAUGUUUUUAUUGUUGUAUUUCCUAGAAAUUUGGUACUUUUGUUGGGACAUCUCCAGUGUUAUAUGUCCAUUAUGCAAAAUCAUAUUAGAACUCGUUGUCACGGAAGAUUAGACAUAACUCAUAGUUUGGUGAAUCAGUAUAAAUUUGUUUGUGUGGUUUACUACAC